AUGUCGAAAGAUAUUGCUUCCAUAAGAGAAAUACAACACAACCGACAACUCAUUAUGCAAGCUCUAAAUAAGAACACAACAAACUUUUCAAACUAUUCUAAGAUAUCUGAGUCAUUGAAAGAAGGAAACUUAAAACUGACAUUAAACCCAAUGACAGAUGAGUUUCUGUUUCAAGACAAUAAGAACCAUACUGUCUGUAUAAAUCCAACAAAAGGAACUUUAAACGAGAAACCUAUAAAUGAACUUCUUUUGAAAGCAGAUGUUGACAACAAAGCUGACAAAGAAUAUGUAGACGAUGCAAUAGCAAAAGAAGAAGAAAGAGCUAACAAUGCUUAUGCAACAAAAGAACAUACUCAUCCUGAACUAGCAGACAAAACAUAUGUUGACAAUAAAAUGUCAAGUGAAGUGACAAGAGCUGAAAACGAAUAUUCUAAAAAGACUCAUAUACAUUAUAUUAACCAAAUACCAAGUCUUAAGGAAACAUUAGAGACAAAAGCAGAUAAGACUCAUACACAUUCUAUAUCUGAUAUUACAAACUUACAAGAAACCUUAAACAGGAAAAGUGCCGUUGGACAUACACAUUCUAUAUCUGAUAUUACAAACUUACAAGAAACCUUAAACAGUAAAAGUGCCGUUGGACAUACACAUUCUAUAUCUGAAAUAACAGACUUAAACGUUAGCCUUGAAAAGAAAGCAGAUAAAACAUAUGUCAAUGAAAUAUACCAAAGUUUGAUAGGAACAAAAAAAAUAUUGAAACUAUUGUUGGUGACUUUUCUGUCAAUGAAGAAAAUAAAUAUUUUAGAUGGCAGUUUGUACAGUCCUUAA